AUGUGUGUACUUACAUUAUUAAUACUAGUGGUGCUCUACAGUGUAUAUAUAUGGACGAGUAACGAGGAUAAUAUAAUUGAAUCUUUUGAAAUGAUGAAAGUAUUCAAGAUUGGUGUUAUUCAAAUCAUUAAAAUUGUUGUGUAUUUGCAGGUUCUACAGUUUGUGUCAUGCCAAGUGUCGGAUCACAAUGAACAACAUGGGGAAAAUAAGGAAUUGAGUAAAUUCUAUACGAAACUGUACAAAGCGGAUGAGAAUAAACUUCGAUCUGGUAUAGAUUACAAACUCAAUUUACAAGCAAAUCUUGAGAAUACUAGAAAGCUUGUAGAUUUGUCAACUAAGCCAUUGUUCGAAUUUGUUAAUGAAGAUAUAUUCAGAAACAGACCGACAUUUGCAAAUAUGUAA